AGUCGCUAUUUUGUUUUCGAGUAGAACAGUAAUUUUAAAUUUUGCCAAGUAUUUUAAAAAAUACUUUGAAUUUUUCUUAAUAAACACUAUCAAACUACAUCAGAAAUGCUUGUUAAAAGUUUAGGAAUUUUAAUUAUCUUAGCUGGUUUUUUAAUUUUUGAAAUCAACGCAGUUUGUAAUAACGUAACCGAAUUCACAUGUAGCGAUGGUUCAUGCAUUCCUCAUGCAGAUAAAUGUAAUCGAGUCUACGAUUGUCGUAACGGAGAAGACGAAAAUGAUUGUGAAACUUGUGACGGGUUCCAAUGUGACAAUGGUGCUUGUAUAGUUUCUGAAAAACGUUGCGAUCAAGUAGCAGAUUGUCUGAAUGGUGAGGACGAAGAAUUCUGUAUUGAAGAAUCAAAUGUAAGUCCUACCGGAACUUGCUCAACUAACGAAUUUAGAUGUGGCGACGGUUCAUGUAUAAACAAUGAAUUUGUGUGUGAUCGUGUUCUCGAUUGUCAAGAUUUUCUCGAUGAAGAUCCUGCAAUUUGUAGUCAACAAAAUCACUGAUUCAACGAAUUCAACAGAUACUAAUAAGUAGAUUUUGCAUACUAAUGCUAAGCUUAAAGACAGUGUUGUCCAAACGUCGACAUAAAAAAUGACGAUUUUAA